AUGGCCAUGGGAAAUGAACCUGCAAGAGCAAGAACUGAGAAGACACCUCCUUCGAACUGGCCGCGAAGGGGGAAUGCAAUGCUUCCCUUGUACAGAAAAAGGCCUGCGAAGAAGCCUUUGAAUCUCGCAAAGAACAACCCGGAUUUCAUACACAACGGAAUAACUGACCGGACUUUCAAGGCGAGCAGCAUGCACUCGGAGUGGCUGCGCAAGUACUCUGUAGUGAUGAAAGACAUUAAUGUGCUUCUUCAAGGAGUGGGACGCGAGAAGCGGGACUACUGUCUGCGAGUACCCCGCAAUUGUCGUCAGAACCGAACUGAUGGGAUUCUUUAG